ACACCGCCAUCUUCUCUCUCCGUCAAGAGUGACGUAUUAUUAAGUUUUAACUCUGACGUAUUCUGUGCUCUGACGCGUCUUUUACAAAAUGACGACAAAUGAACACGUGACUUGUAUGUGGGAACAACGCUCGUCUGGUCACACGUGAGAGGAAAAGUACCUGCUGCUACAACCUUUUUACCAUGAGUGCCAGGUUCAUGCCAGGGGAAAGACGCCAAGACCCUGUUGUACCAUGGGACACCCUCCCAGAGGAAGCUCUAGUAAAAGUGUUUAGCUACCUGUGUGAUGGGGACAGGUUGGAAGCGUCCCUGGCCUGUAAGGCCUGGCAUGGGGUUUUUCGAAUGGCCUGCCUCUGGCGUCGCCGCCGUUUUUGUUUUCGUUGUAAGAACGAUUACCAGAUGCGGCAGGUGUUCUAUGACGGCUUCUUUCGCGAGCACGGACAGCACUUGCAGCACGUGUAUUCUGGAGUUUGCUACACCGGACAGCGACGCUGUACAGUGCUUCCAAGCGUUCGUUACAACAGCGAAUGAGUGCGCUGCACUCAGACUUCUAACAAUCAAGGUUCGGAACCUCUGCUUAGCCUUCGAGCGGGAGGAAUGGUCCGGUUAUCGAACAAAGAUCGUGCGAGCCCUGUGUUUGCUGCUGAAAUGGCAACCCAUGCUGCAAGAGGCCGACUUUUACUCCUGCCAGUUCACACACAACGAGGGUCUGCAGGUGCUGAAGGCUGUCACAGGUGAUCUGCGCUUGAAGACCAGGCGGAAUAUCACCACUAUGAUAAUAAGAGAGUUCUUCGAGCGCAACACUGACAUCAGCUUGAGGACCUUCACCGAGGUCAUGGGUCGCUUUUCCGCGCUCGCUUUUCUGCGUCUGGACCAGCACUACCUGUGUGACGCCGUGCUGGACAAGCUCAUCACCGGCUGCGCACAAACGCUGCGCCACCUGGACAUCGUGCUGAACACGACGGUGGUGCACGCCAUCGACUCGCACACCUGGUCGCUCGCUGUCCAGCGGUGUCCGUCACUGACUGUCACAGUGAGGUUACAUGAAGCAUUCACCUUCGAGGAUUACUCUCGUGUGCUCGUUGCGUCAAUGCCUUUGACCAGAGUGAUUCUACGGGGCAGGAGCGUGGUUGGUGACAUAAUAUUUACUGACGCGGCGCGUUUCCUUCGAUAUGUCUUUGACAUUUUCUUCAAAACUAUCGAGGUAGUGGGCGUGAAGGCUUAUAGACUCCUGAAGGUGGACGAUGACGUUGAGGGAUACAUGGAGGUGGACGAGGCAGUCAUGAAGCUAGUCGAGACAUGUGUCCGACUGAAGCGCCUUUUGUUGUCCAUCCCCCUGGUGCCAGAAACACUGGACAAACUCUCACGUGUUCCAGCCGCCCGCCUACAGAAUGAAAUGAAACGCCUGGAGGUGAAGGUUCUAGGCGAAAAUAUGUCAGCAGAUAACAUCCAGGAAAGAUGGCCAGCACUCCGUGCUCUGAGCCCUCGGGAGCUUCGAUUUGAUGAUUUUUGAUUUCGAUGAGUUCUAGAAGGCUGCCGAACUCUGAUUAUCCGGAAACAUCUGGAACGAUUUGGAAUCAUCUGAAUUCCGUCUGAAUGACAAUAUCCACGGAGAGCUUCAUCUGGACACGACUGGCAUAAUCUGAAUACCAAGCCAACGAUGAGAUCCAAUACUGGAUCUUUCAUACCAAAGACUGUGAACAGAGAAAGUGUUUGUCGGUCAGCGUGUCUCUAGACAUAAAAAGGAUUAACUGAAUUCGUUAAAAUUCCUGGGUUGUUUGUAGGGUCGCUGUCCCACGUUCGCAUUUGUCGAUGUGUAAAUACUAUUCGGUGUAGAUUUUUAUGGGAAUCAGUCUUGAACAAAGGUGUGUGAUACUUGCAUUGGUCGCGUGGCUGCCACAAGCUCACCGACAAACAUUUCACGUGCAUCGGCGAACAUCUAGCGAAAUUUCAUUGCCAGAUCAAGGUUGUGUUGAGGAGACAAAGAGGCAGAUACACUAAGCCUAUAAAUUACUUCAUGUAUUUGAAUUUAUUGACAGUAACUUCAUUCGAAUUCGGGGGUGAGCGAUGUUCAGCAUGGCUGACGGACAUGCUCCUGUGUAUGGGAGAAAAAAUUUUUCCCUAAACCUGCUUCAAUCGAUGUUGAAGAUGUUUACAAAAUAGUAAAAAAUAGUAAAAAAUAAUCAAGGAAUGUACAAAUGAAAGAUUUCUGCACCCGCUGUGUUACAAAAGAAUAACUGAUUGUGAGACGUGGUGAGUUCUGCUUCUGCCGACUUCGUAAACAACUCUAAGCUUUCGUGAACACGGGCCAGGUUAUGGCCUCAAUGAAACAAAAGGACAAAAAAAGAAAGAAGGCUUCAAGUUCUGAAGAAAGUGCGAUGGAAAGCUCCAAAAUAACGGACGGAGAAGAGAGAACAGGCCGUCUUCGUGAGAGAUCGGAUAGUAAGUCCAAAAAAGGUAGGCCGUCGCAGUCUAGAGACAGGCAACAAACGCUACUUACACAGGCCUUUGUCGUCAAACAAGGUGACAAUGCUGCUAUUGUAGAAAGACUCGAGGCCUUACAGAAAACGACCGAUUCGAUGAAACAACUGAUAGAAAACAGCAGAUGUUCACUUGCUGAGCAAAUUGAUAAAAAAAUAGAAAUUCUUACAAGCACUUUGUUUGAAUUAAGAACUGAAAACGAUCUGCUAAAAAAAAUCUUAGAACAAACGCAAAAACAAGUAAACAGCUUGGAGGAAGAAUCACAAAGUUUGAGAAUACAAUGUGCAGAGCAGAAGGAACACAUCAACGUGCUGGAACAGUACUCACGACGUGAAUCCAUACGUGUGUUCGGGAUACAGGGAGACAGAAAAGAAGAAACACCUGCAGAAUGUGAAAAAAAAAAUACUGCAUAUGAUUCAGAAUGUGCUUGGUUUGACAGAUAUUGAUAGUGCCAAAAUUUCAACACUUCAUCGAGUGGGGAGAGUGACGACAAACAAACCUCGACCAGUGAUCAUAAAAUUCGUGUCGCGCAAGGACAGAGAUCAGAUGAUCAAAACAAGAAAUAGACUUAAGAGCUCAAAUGUUGUCAUCACAGAAGACCUGACUAAAUUAAAUGUACAAAGACUAAAUCGUCUGCGGCAACAUGAUGGCGUGUUAGAUGCCUGGUCAGCGGCAGGAGGUCGUUUAUUCGUUAAACUGAUAGACCUAUCAAUAAUGGAAAUCAAAAACGGAGACACCAACCCCAUAGAGAAGAAACUGGUGGGGGCUACAAGAGAGCAACAGCGACAAAGCAGGGAACCAAAUAGACAACAGCGAUAUCGUCAGGGGGAGCAACGACGGCAGCAAGACCAAAGACAACACCAUCAGAGGUCAGGACGGAUGGGGGACGACCGUCAUGGAGCCUCACCGUCACGUUCCCACUUUUCCCCUACCACCUAUUCGACGCCUUCAACUACCUGGGUACAUGCGCCGAAACCUGUGUUAGAGACAGAUAUGGUCCUCCAUCAGCAUGACGCUAACAAGGAACAGCAGCCUUCCGCAGGUGAAGUGAGCAACAUUGAUAUGGAAAACACGAGCAGAACAUUGUGUAAUUGUGAAAUACUAAUAACAAAAAGCAGUAGAUACUCGGUAUGUAGAAACUGAAAAUUCAUGGAUAUAUUUGAUUUCCCCUCAAAAACCAGUGUGUACUGGUAAGUAACUUUCAUAUAUAUAUAUGUUCUGUACUCUUUGAGACCUUAAUAAGGGGAGUGAAGAAGCUAGUAGGAAUACGCAGAGCCAAGGAUGGGUUACCUUUUUUUUUUUUUUUUUUUUUU